GCCAUCGACCACAGUAUUCGCAUUUCUCAAAGAUAUGAAAAAUUCAUCAGAUUCGAUAGUUAUUUACCUACUUACUCGGUAUUCCCAAGUAAACAAAUACGAGAAGAGCACGAUCGCGGAAACUCUACGUUUUCUUGUUAACUUUGGAAAUUUUAUUUAUUUAGAACUGUUAGCAUCUGGGAAUUCAUCAAUUUUGGUCCUCCGCUCGUGGAUGAUAAUUAUUAUGUUGCUUUGCCUUUUGAAUCAUUGUUGAUUGAAUCCUGUUCUCUGGCACACUGCCUUCUGAUUUCGAUGGACUUUACUUUCCUUUCGUUUUUCUGGGAGUCCUCUGUUUAGUUCCUUUCGUAAAUUUGGUGGUUUUGGUGUCCCUUUCACUAAUUUACCUGGAUCUCUGCAUGAUAAACGCGAUGGCCGACACUCCAAGCUCUCGCGGAAGCGGUGCAUGCGUGCGAAAACCGAGUACAAAAAUGUCUAAAAUGGACGAAUUUGAUGUGUUGAAGCGUCGUCUAGUCGACAAGGAGCGGGAAGUCGAAUCACUGAAAAAGACUGUCGAUUCAUACGAAACCAAAGCUGUGCAACAUGUACAAGAGAGCGACAGCUUGAAAACUCAACUGAACGAACUGCGGAAAGAGCUCAGCGAAUCCCGUUUGAUAACGGAAAGCGUCUCGCACGUCACGACGAAAAAUGUAAAGGUGGACAUUGUCCGCAAUUCUCCAGUUGCUUUGUAUCGUGAUCUAGCGUCAGAUAACAGCGGUGAAGAGUCGUCUGACUGCGGGUUGAUGGUCCAGAAACAUGUAGCCGAAAAGGAUCUGGAUAGCAUUCGUCAUAAACAACUGGAAUGGAGUUUUUCUGACAAUGAGCAAAUGGAAAUGUCGGAUGCCGAUCUGCGAACGAGCCUCUUGGAAAGAAUACUGGAUAUGGCCCAAAACUCUGAGUCGUUCCGGAUACAGUUGAUAGAAAAUAUGGAGAUCUUGUUGCGUGCAAAAGAGCUUUCAGUUAGUGAUCCAGAGGAUAAGAAAGCGCUGCAGAAUUCAAUAGCGAAGGCAAGAGACAAGCGGCAUUCCCUGAAAAAGAGCUUGGAGUCGGGAUUUGAUGACCUUGACGAACGUGUGAAUACUUGUUUUGCUGGCCUUGCUGAGUUCGAAGCCUUUCGAAAAUUCUUUAACGAUGAAUUGGAGGAAAUUAAACGAGUCUAUGAUGUUGCAAAUCCACAGACCCCUGCACAGUUGACACCUUUGGCUGCCUCGUCGCCAGUGAAAAAUAUUUCACGGAGCGCUUUACGUUUGUCUCAUGGUUUCUCACGUAACCGCGACUCGGCUCGUGCCACUGUCAGAUUUGACGAUAAAGCUGGGUUAAAUCAUUCUCGAUUUUCAUCCGGCUCUGCUCUUGGAGAAAGUCCUCAAGUUGAUUGCAAAGAUUGUGCACGAUAUCGCGCACUCCUUCGGUCCUUUCGCACGACUCAAGAAGCCGAUAAGCAGAAGCAGCAAGAACAACUUCGAACUAUCGAAAAGUUAUCCUGCGUCAUAACUAACGCUAAGCGCAUUCCACGACGCCAGUCCCAGACACUGUCCAGUUUAUCGAAGUCUGUCUUCAAACCGCACGCAAAGAUGGACGAACCUGACCGGUGUGAAGUGGACUUGGCAACUCGACGACUUAAUUUUGAUGGAAGUCCUGCGUUUACCGCCGAUCUGGAAAUUCCUGUUGCGGAUCGAAGCGAUUGCGGUGAUUUUUCUAAAGGGAAUAAGUUGUUUUUGGGCGUGCCAGAUCUGAUCGACGAAUUCCGAGCGUCUGAAACAGUUUCAUUUAUUCUGGACAAAUCAAAAGAGUUCGGCGAGCAAACGGAUUUAGAAACUGCCAUAGAAAAGGACUUGAAAGUAGAAAAUACUAUGCUGAAGAACAAGAUUUCUGCGUUGGAAUAUUCCCUUGAGAAAGCUCAAAAGUCGGGCGUUUCGGAAAAUGCGAGUCCAUACCACGGGAAAAUUACGGAGACUGCAAAAUUGGAGAGAUCUCUGGAUGAGGCUAACAGGGAAUUGAAAAAACUCCGUGAAGAAAACAAAAAACUCCUUUGUGCCGGUGAAGAGAUGAACAGCACAUGCGAGCAGCUGCAGGAGGAAAUCGAAAAACUGAAAUCUCUGGAGUCCGUCAACACAACGACGGACAUGUCGUAUGUCCAGUCGUCCAUGGUUUUACCUCCGGACUAUCAAACCGGCAUACCGUAUCCUGUGCUUUUGGAAGAAUUCCGCAAGCUUGAGAGCGAUUUCAACGAAACAGCUAGAAUUGCCGAAAGCUUGCUGAGUGAGAAAAAGACAUUGGAGUUUCAACAUGAAGCUUCAGAGAGCGCGAAGAAUGCUUUGCAACAAGAAAAUGCUACUUUACACAAGGAACGUUAUCGAUUGACGCAAGAAAUCACACAGUUGAAAGCAUUUCCUCGGCAAAACCCGGACGUCGUGGAACAGCAUAAUGACAAAGUGCUCAAGUUGGAACGGCAACUGGAAAUUGCGGAACGUGUUCGCCGCCAGUUGCAGGAGGAAGUUGAGAAGUUAACAGCCGAACGCAACGAGGCUCAUAGGUUAAUUAAAGAGCAUCUACAGUUACGAGAGCAGGCGCUGAAAGAUAUCGCCACAACCGCUGCACUGCGCACCCGGUUCGAUGAAGAACGACAGGAUCUGCUCAACGAAAUCGAAAGUGAGCAUUCGAUUGUUGUGCAUCUCCGGAGUGAGUUGGAGCGGCUGGGUACUGCGCUGCAGAUCGCAGAGAAAGAAAAAGAGUUCGUUCAGACUUCACUGCGAAAACAGCAAGAAGAAAAGCAAGAAAGCUACCACGUGCCAGUUGUGGAUGUGCGCAAUUCCGAGUGGGAACGAGACCUUUUUGAUCUCGAGAAGAAAAACAGCGAUCUAAAACGGGAUUGCAAAGCGCUAAAAGAAGCCGGAAUCCAGCUUACGCGGGAAAACCUGUAUCUUCAAAAAGAGUUGGAAAGACACAAGGUUACAGAACAACAGCAUGGCAUUGCCCUGGAAGAAUGUGCAGCAUUACGGCUAGCGCUGAAUGCGAAGGACAAAGAGUUAAAUAAUUAUAUGGCUGAAAUCCAAGACCAGAAGUUCUUGCUUCAGGAAGCCCAGACGUCAUUUGAUAAGGAAAAUAAGGGUGUGUUUUCUAAAUUCCUGGCUCCAUUCAAAAAACCGCAUGCUACACAAUCUAAAAGGCUUCCUCGACGCAGUCAAACCCUUACGAUUUCCGAUGAUUUUGGUGGGAAAGCGCCGCUACGCGAGCAAGCUCAAGCGCAGCAAAAAAUGCUAGCAAUGCGCACAACCUCAAAAAUUCAAAAAUCCUCGGUUGUCAGUAGUGUUAAAGCUGGCACCCUUCCGGUUAAAAGUAGUUCGAUUGUGAAGACUGAGGUGGCUCAUCACCAUACGAAGCCGAAUGUCACCCUACCAUCAACGAGUGUGAUUAAGCUCCAGACUCCCUCUCCCAGACUGAACUCAGCGAAUAAAGGUCCAUCAAAGGCGGCACUUAGCAAACCAGCCAGUGCUGUAUCUAUUCGCGAGCCUUUUGUUGCUCCGGGACACCCACAUACUAUGAAGAUCUUCAUGAAUUUCCGCGCGCAGAAGUGCAACAUUUGCCUAGGAAAUAUACCCUACUUCAGUCACGCGGAAAAAUGCACUGAAUGCAAACAUGUUUACCAUAUCCGUUGCGCUAAGGAAAUCAAAGGACCCGCAUGUGCGGCAGCCGAAAUUUUGGCCGAAGAAGAACGGAAAGGGCGUCCUAGCUUGCAAAGUGCUGGUUUGGAUGAAACGGACCUUGUGCCGGACGUGGAGGGUUAUUUGCUGUUAAAAAGAAGGGGCGAGAGCGAUUUUUCGAAGAUCUAUGCCGAAUUGGUGAAGGACACGCUUUGCAUAUACGAGCGGAAACCGGCAGAUACGGGAGAUUAUACGCCGGUCUUGGAAAGAAUUGAUCUUAAUGAAAACCGGCGACAAGCGGAGAUAACAUGCCAUCGAACAGUACCCGAAACAGAAGUUGGUUUACCGCAGUAUGAUGCAGUGCAUUGCUUUGCCAUCGAAGUUAAAUUUGCCAAGUCAGCCGUGGAGCCAUUGAAAUAUUAUUUCCAAACACGGGGUAUUGUUGAGAAACACAAUUGGACAGCCACUGUCCAGGCAGUCUUGACAGAAAACGAAGUGGAAACAGUGGAAGCGACGUCCAAACAUUUUCGCGUCAAGAAUUUGCUGUCUUAUCAAAUGGAUAUGGUGGUGGUGUCUUCCUGCUUAUUUUACGACCAAGGACGAAUGCUUGUCGGAACGGAUAAGGGGUUGUUUGUCAUGGCUUCUGAAGGCGGGGUCAUGGGUGGUCUUGUGCCGGUUGAGGGAUAUGAUGGAUUGCCGAUUUACCAACUUUCCAUCCACGAAGCGACCAAGGAGAUACUGGUCUUGGCCGGAGAAAAUCAGACGCUUUAUCGAGGGGAUUUAUAUUCAUUGUUGAAAUGGACUUGCUCAGAAGUACCACUUCUGUCAAGGCAGCUCUUCUCCGCUGAAACCCACGGAUGUCAUCUCAUGGAGUCGUUCGAACAGUAUCUGGCUGUAGCGCAUAAUGGGCGGGUUACUGUCUACGAAUAUAAAAAUCGCAACACAUGCCGGUCGCUGAUCACUGUUCGAGGAGCGGAUAUUUUAGAGGAAGGAGUAUCAGCAAUGGAUAACGAGCAUCCUGCGCGAUCUUUGAAUUUUAUCAAAUCGCGUAACAAGCUGCAGCUUAUAAUUGGGUUAACCGAUUUUUGGUGCUGUGAUGUUGUGGAUUUCAAGCGCGACGUUCCAGGACUUACCGCUCGCAAAGGACAAAGCAGCGUUGUAGUGAAACCAUUCUUGCGGCCGCUGGUUCGCAACUCCACUACGCAGUAUUGCUAUUUUAUGGACAAAGGGCGCGUGCAGGAUGAUCUGUUGGAAGGAUUCAACUCGUGCUACACUAUGGGCUUCUUCCCGAUACCCAGUGCUGCUGAGCACAAGAAAAAUUCGCCAGCAGAGCGUGUUUAUCUAUUGUGCUUUUAUGAUGGAUGGUUGUUUGUUAAUGGAAACGGUGUUCCCACCGGAUCAGAGCAUAUUGGCUGGAAGGGACAAACACCCCGCCUCAUACAUUAUGAAUAUCCAUAUGUGUAUGUCCUGCACACUUAUUCCAUCCAAGUGCGGCGCAUUGUGGAUGGUGGCACCGGUUACAGUCUUUCUCCGCCUUUCUUCUAUAAACUGGACGAUCCGUGGGUCGUUGGAGAUUCGUUGUCACACUGCGUAGUUAUGGUUUCUAAGUCAAAAGAUGCUCGCAGUGAGCGAAUGAAUAUUCAGCAACUGGAUGUUGAUAUUACCGAGGAUGAUGUGGAACAGCGUCGCCGUAUGCCGACGGUUGAUAACGAUACGGAGAGUACGUUUUCUGCCGCCUUUACGGACCCUUUGUGAAGCUUCGUUUACGGUGUGGCCUUACCUGACCCGUUUUUUGUAAUUUUUCUCAUUUAUGCUAGCUCACGGAAAUCUUGUGGUUCUGUAAAUUAUCGUAAUUGCUAUCUUGCUGUAUGCAUCGUUCCUUACUUCCUGAGUACGUACAAUUUUCACUUUUCUCAAGUUUCCACCUUUUAGACCACAGCGCUGUUUUGAUAGUUUGUUGGAUGCUUAGUGAAUUUGUUAUCAAAAAUUUCAGCACUACUGCACUUCUGAUUAUGAUCUGCUGAAACUUGUACGUCAUUCGUUCUUCUCGAAUAAACCGAAAUAAAUUUUAUCGUAGUUG